UAUAAACAGAAUGUCAGAGUUUUUGCAUACUCCACUGAAAAUGGCAAACAAAGAGGCUGCUUCCAGAGGUGACGUGGAAGUGGGGAGAUCAGCAAGAAAGGAAAUGCCAGCCACUGAGUACAUUCUGCAUGUAGCCUGCCCCGAAGAAUGGAUUGGAUUUGGAAGCAAAUGUUUUUAUUUUUCGGAUGACAUAGGAAACUGGACUUCCAGCCAGCUCUUCUGUGCUUCAGAAAAUGCCAGUCUUGUUAACAUUGAAACCUUGAAGGAAAUGAAUUUCCUGAAAAGAUACAAAGGCCCCUAUGACCACUGGAUCGGCCUCCAUAGAGAGUCUCCAAAUCACAGCUGGAUGAGGACAGACAACACUGAAUACAAUAAAUUGUUUAACAUCAGAGGAGAUGGGGAGUGUGCCUACCUGAACGACAAUGGCGUCAGCAGUGGCAGGGUCUACACAGAGAGGAAAUGGAUCUGUAGUAAACCAAACACAUCAAAACAGUUACACUGGACAAGUGCCAAGUUACUUUAA